CGAGUAGUCAGUCUCAGACCGACUGCCAGCACUGCGCCUGCUGUGGAAGCUCAGCGGUCCCAACCGCGCGCGCGACCGACCGACCGACUCACGCGUGCCUUCGAGUGCCGCGCAUCACGAGCUAUCUCCCGGCGGGAAGAGGAAAUUCCGCAGUUGCGGACAGUGCGCGGACAGUUGUGCGGGGGAGCUUUUGCACUCUCGCGCUGCCCGCUAGCCCUUGUCAGCCGAGGAGUUUGCGAGCCGGGAGCUGGGAAAUGCUAUCGCGAUCCCGGCUCUGAUCCGUCCGCGCGAUCGUCGUUGCUGCUCCUGUUUCCGCCCCUCGAGAGGACCGCGCCAUGAACUCGGCUCUGGGAUUCUUCGGCCUCGCGGCCUGGCUCUUCGUCGUCGUCUUGACCGAUGACGUAGCAGGCAACUGUCCGGUCGAAGCACCGCAGUGGGGCUCAGUCCGAGAGCGCGUGCUCAAGGAUGGCUCACUGCAGACAAUCUACUCGUGCGAGACCGGCCGCAAGCUCAAGGGCCACAAAAUACUAACCUGCACCACCGACGAAUGGAACCACCCGAUACCCACUUGUGUACCUUUGGAUGAACGCAAAAUGCGCUACGACCUCUUUCUGGGUGAUGAGCCUAGUACCGAGAAAACCACUCGUCGAGUUGGUAAGAAACGAAAUGACACGAUCGGCACGACUGGUCGACCCCGGCGACCGAAGAAGCCAAAGAAGCAACAACGCCGGAAAGAUCCGCUGGCAAAACUCAACGCGACUUUCGCCACGGCUCUUGACGCCAGCUGUUACGGGAAGCUGAGGCCAGGUAGACCGCCGGUCAAGCCUCCGGUCGUGGAGAACGCGGUGCCUCUCAAGUCAUCCAGAAAAAAUCUGUCCAAGCCAUACAAUCGAUAUCAGAUGGUGGUUUACCAGUGCAACGCUGGGUUUGCCCUUAGAAAUCCCGAGCAAGAUCGCCUCUAUUGUAGCGAAGGAAUGUGGCUAGGACUCGUUCCCGAAUGCGUCAGGAAAGAAGAGCUCGUGAAAGCCGAGGGCAACAAUGCCGUUAAACAAGGCAUCAAGCGAUGCGCUAGCGAGAAAAACGUCUGUGAGCAUGUGUGCGAGGACGUUGACGACGGCAUCAAGUGCUCCUGCUUUGACGGUUAUCGCCUUCAGGGAUCAAAGUGCAUUGAUAUUGACGAGUGCGCCGAGGGCAAAUCCGGCUGCUCCCACUAUUGCAGAAAUGACCGAGGCACCUUCCACUGUGAUUGUCCACCCGGUUUCCAAUUGCAGGACGAUCGUAAAACAUGCAAAGAUAUCGACGAGUGCGCAGCGAAUGCUGGCAAGGGCGACUGCGAGCGGAUAUGUAGCAAUCUGCCGGGCAGUUAUGAGUGCAGCUGCAGCGACAUGCCCGGCUAUAAAUUGAAGCCGGACAAUCGCACUUGCGAGGACAUCGACGAGUGCCAGGAAAACAAUGGUGGGUGCUCGCAUACCUGCGUCAAUACGCCGGGCAGCGUGUUCUGCAGCUGUCCGGAGGGCUUCUACCUCGACGAUGAUUACAAAGUUUGUAAAGAUAUAAACGAGUGCAGUGGAAGUAAGAAGGUGUGCAAAGAGGAAUGCGUAAAUACCGUAGGCUCGUACAAAUGCAUACCAAAAUUGAAGAAGAAGAACAAAACGCCGGAGGAGGAUUACGAUGCAGAGGACGAUGAAGAAGAUGACGAUUACGAAGACGGCAUAACCGAUAAUCCUCUAGAUGACGCUUGUGAUAUAGGUUAUAAGAAGGACAACCUGGGCGUUUGCGUUGAUAUCAAUGAGUGCGAAGAAGACGACGGGGAUAGUCACGGAUGUGAUCACAAUUGCAUAAAUUUAAACGGUAGUUACCACUGCACUUGCAACACUGGCUACAAACUGGGCGAUGACGCGACGACCUGCAUGGACGUCGACGAGUGUUCGAAAAUUCCCAGUCCAUGCGCGCACCAUUGCACCAAUACCGUUGGUUCAUACGUAUGCUCGUGUCCACCAGGAUUCGUCCUCAGAUCCGACAACUCCACGUGCGAGGAAGAAAAGGUCGCGCAAACGUGCGCGAGUUCUGGUGUCUCUUGCUCGUACCGCUGCGAAGACACUGACAAUGGGCCGCGUUGUAUUUGUCCCAUAGGUUACGAGCUCGAGGAUGAUACGGAUUGUCGCGAUAUCAACGAGUGCUCGGAAAACUAUCACGGAUGCAGCAAAGAGUGCGUGAACGUGCGAGGCAGUUACAAGUGCGUUUGUCCGAUCGGUUGGUUACUGGCCGAAGACGAGAAAACCUGCCAAGACGUUGACGAAUGCGCCAGCACGAACCAUAACUGCUCCUACAAGUGCAGCAACACGCGCGGCUCUUAUCGUUGCGAUUGUCCACCUGGCUUCAUUCUGGGCGACGAUGGGAAAAGUUGCGAGGACAUCGACGAGUGCGCUCGGGGUAUACAGGACUGCUCUCACAACUGCCACAACGAGAACGGUACUUAUGCUUGCUCCUGUCCCAUUGGCAUGACUCUGAUGAGCAAUCUGAGAGCGUGCGUGCCGUCCACGUCCUGCAAAGAGCUUAACUGCUCUCACAAUUGCGUGAGCCAAGGCGACACCUAUUACUGCGAGUGUCCUCUCGGUUACAUGCUGCAAAACGACGGUAGAACCUGCGGCGACUUCGACGAGUGCAAGGAAGACGAGCACGACUGCUCGCACGAGUGCAUAAACACUCCUGGAAGUUACAAGUGCGCUUGUCCAACUGGCCUGAACCUUCUGGAGGAUAGCCUGACUUGCGACGAUGGAAAGUGCCCCACUGGAAUGAGAGUCGGAAGCGGGGGACAGUGCGAAGACGUCAACGAGUGCAUCGAAGAUGAGUAUCGGUGCUCUCAUGCUUGCAUCAAUCUGCUUGGCUCUUACAGAUGCGACUGUCCCGAAGGUAUGACCCUGGACAAAGAUGGCUACAAGUGCAAAAGUCUCGAUCCUUGCGCAGAGUCAUCCUGCGAUCACAAGUGCGUAGCAGUGAACGGCAGUUUCAGAUGCGAGUGUAAUGACGGUUACGCAUUGGAAAUCAACGGCUUUGGAUGUAAGGACGUAGACGAGUGCUCCGACAGUCACCACGGUUGCAGCCACGAAUGCGUGAACGAGCAGGGAAGCUACUCCUGCACGUGCCCACCACGCUGGGUCCUUACGGAUGACAAGAAAACUUGCGCCGUGGACGAGAACUAUUGCACAAAGAAGCUCGGGUGCUCGCAUACUUGCGAGCUUGACGGAGAACGGGUGCGUUGCGGCUGUCCGGAGGGCUACGAACUCUCGGAGAACGAGAAGACCUGCAGAGAUGUCGACGAGUGCGCCGAGGGUAUUCACGCCUGUCCCCACGAUUGCCUCAAUACCGAGGGCUCUUUCAAGUGCCAGUGCAACGCGGGCUACGAACUGUUGGACGAUUUUUGUGUAGACGUUGACGAAUGUACCCUGGAAUUAGAUGACUGUUCGUAUAAAUGCAUCAACACGCCGGGUAGUUUCGCGUGCGCUUGCCCGGACGGAUACAGGCUUAACGAAGACCGGCGCACUUGUAGCGACAUAGACGAGUGUGCCCUGAGUCUGCACGAAUGCACGUAUUACUGCAAAAAUCACAAGGGCGGCUACAGCUGCCAUUGUCCAGAAAACUACGCCGUCGGCAAUGACAACAGAACUUGCAUCGAAUUGCAGCCUUGCGACCAAGACCAUGGCUGCUCGCACAGGUGCUUUGUCAUCAAUGGCGAGAACAAAUGUCGUUGCGCCAUGGGUUACGAGAUUGCCGAAGACGGAAAGACCUGUAGGGAUAUCAACGAAUGCUGGCACAACAACGGUGGCUGUUCCCACAGUUGCGAAAAUUUGGACGGAGGAUGGAUGUGCAAAUGUCCGGAAAACCAGCAGCUUCUCAACGACAAGAAAACCUGUUUGGAAAUCAACGAUUGUCUCCUCGAAAACGGCGGAUGUUCGCAUUCGUGUCAUUACGAUAAGAGAAGUUCCUUCUGCAGCUGUCCGAUCGGCAUGGUUUUGGACAAAGAUGAUCGAACGUGCAUUGUGGAAACGGCUUGCAGCAAAAACAACGGUGGUUGCACUUACUUGUGUGAGAUCAAUAACAACGAAGUGCUCUGCAAAUGUCCCGACGGACUGCGGUUGGCGGAUGACGGUUAUUCAUGCGCGGACAUUGACGAGUGUUCAGAAAACACGGACAACUGCACCCAUGGCUGCAUCAAUACUCGCGGCAGUUUUGAGUGCAUCUGUAAUCCGGGAUUUUCCGCGAACCUUCUGGACAAAGCACUGUGCGACGACGUUGACGAAUGUUUCAAGCACAAUGGCAACUGCUCUCAAAUUUGUAUCAAUACAGUCGGCAGCUACCACUGCUCGUGCUUUCCGGGAUUUGUUUUGGGUAACGACAACGUCACGUGUGCAGAAUCGAAGGCCUGUUCCGUGAACAAUGGAAACUGUUCGCAUACGUGUCACGUUGACGCGAAAACCAACAGCGCGACUUGUUCGUGUCCAGCUGGAUUCAGCCUCAAAUCGGACAUGCGGACCUGCGAGGAUAUCGACGAGUGCGAAGAGUUUGAAAACGACGUCCACGCGGGCUGUUCCCACAAGUGCGUGAAUCUCGAGGGAAGCUAUCACUGCGAGUGUCCGAAAGGAUACAUCCUUCUGCCAGAUGAUAAGCGGACCUGUGUGGACCUCGACGAGUGCCUGACACCUUCGCACAACUGCUCUCACAACUGUCUGAAUCUCCUCGGAAGCUACCUGUGCACUUGCCACGAGGGCCAUUACUUACAUUCAGAUAAGGCGACGUGCCUCGACGUCGACGAGUGCGCCCAGGACAACGGCGGGUGUUCCCAGCUCUGCAACAACACGAUUGGCGGGUACCUCUGCCACUGCUCCCAAGGCUUCGAGCUGGACGACGACGAGAAGAGCUGCGUUGACAUGGACGAGUGCGAGAACGGCCGAGCCAUGUGCUCCCUGGAAUGCCAGAACACGAUCGGCUCCUACAGAUGCAUCUGCCCAGACGGCUACGUCCUGGCCAAUGACUCGCGGAGCUGCAUAGCCGACGACCGCUGCAGACCCAACAACGGCGGCUGCUCUCACACCUGUUACAACUACGCCAGCGGCAUCAAGUGCACGUGUCCGCUGGGAAUGUACCUGGACGCGGACGAGAAGAGCUGCAUCGACAUCGACGAGUGCCUCGUCGACAAUGGCGACUGCCCGGACCUCUGCGAGAACAUCGACGGCGGCUUCGUCUGCCACUGCUCCGAGGGCUACGAGCUCAACGAGGACGCCAACACCUGCGACGACAUCGACGAGUGCGCCUCCGACAAGGGCGGCUGCUCCCACACCUGCAGAAACUCCCGAGGCUCCUACCACUGCGAGUGUCCCGCGGGCUACAGGCUGUCCGGGAACAACCGGAGCUGCGAGGACGUUGACGAGUGCGAGCUGAACAACGGCGGCUGCUCGCACGGCUGCAGCAAUGAGCCCGGCUCGUACAGGUGCGAGUGUCCGGCGGGACAGCGACUGAGGGAGGACGGAAGGCGCUGCUUCAGCGAGGACCCGUGCAGUGACGGCAGCAACGGAGGCUGCGAGCAUAUUUGCCGAGAGGAUAACGGACGAGCGGUCUGCUCGUGCCGCGAGGGUUUCCGCGCCCGGGAAUCGAACGGCUCGAGCUGCGUCGACGUUGACGAAUGCGCGGGAGGAAGCCACGGCUGCGAGCAGCAGUGCGUGAAUAAACCCGGCUCGUACGAAUGCCGCUGCCGGCCUGGUUACGAGAUGAGGAAUAACGCUUGCGUCGACGUGGACGAGUGCGCGCAGGGCAGCGUGCACUGCGAAGGAGGCUGCGUGAAUACGCUUGGCUCGUACCGUUGCGGCUGCGGGCUUGGAUUCAAGCGGGACGGGAAUCGGUGCGUCGACAUCGACGAAUGCCAAGCGGACAACGGGCGCUGCGAGCAGAUCUGCAUAAACGGCCUGGGCUCCUUCGCCUGUUCCUGCUACUCGGGCUUCUACGUCAACCGAAGGAACACGAGCCAGUGCCUGGAUCUGAACGAGUGCCUCUACCGCAACGGCGGCUGCAACGGCGACUGCAUCAACACGCCCGGAAGUUACUAUUGCGUCUGCGCGGACGAUUUAGUGCUGGCCGACGACGAGAGAACUUGCGUCUCGAGGAGCUCGAGGUGCCCGGCGCUCCAGCCGCCGGCUUACGGCGAGAUGAGAUGCCCAGGACAUCCAUCGGGAGCUUUGGAUUAUCCUCAAGGAGCAAAAUGCCAUAUAAGGUGCCGGAGAAGCUUCAGAUUGGAAGGUUCUUAUCUGAGGACGUGCGAGGCGGGAGGACAGUGGGACGGCAGGGAUACCGUCUGCGUUCGAGAGUACACGUCGGAGCCACGUUCUUAUUACACGGUUAUAUUGAUUAAAAACAUCUUCGGAAUAGACACAUCCUCAGCGACGGAGAGAGCGCGGACGACGACGAGCACCGAGGCGCCGAGACCCUACAUCAGGUGUCCCAACGACCUGGACAUCGAGCUGCCGCCUAGGCGGGCCACCGCCAGAGUCUCCUUCCCACAGCCCAAGACCAACGUCGAUUGGUACAGAUACGUGGACGCAUCGCCGGCUUGGGGCAAGCAACUACAAGCGGAUCUGCCUCCCGGCCUGACUAUGCUCACCUUCACUGCCUGGUCUUCGGCUACUAAUUACACGAACGCCUGCCGCAUGAUGAUCCGGAUUCGGGAUACAGAGAGUCCGAAGGUGCUGAGCUGCCCGACGUCGUUCGAGGUUCGACUUAACCCAGGCGAGCGCGAGCGCCAGAUAUUCUGGCAGGAGCCGGUCUUCAGCGACAACGUGCGCGUCGAGCGCACCUACAAGUCGCGAGAACCAGGCCAGGCGCUUUACCCCGGCGACCACAACAUGCGCUACAUCGCCUCGGACGCAGCUGGAAAUCGAAACGAGUGCCAUUUCACGAUACACGUGCGAGAGGCUGAAAGACGAGCCACUCCGGAGCAGCAGCAGCAGCAGCCAGAGCAACAACAGCAGCUUUACAAGAAGAUGUUAAUCUGUCCGAACCGAGAUCCGGUGGAGCUACCGCUUUCAAAUAGGGAUCGAACGCCGAGCGGCUGCUACAUAAGGUACGAGCGUCUCUUCUCCGGAGCUUACACUGUGCAGCGCUAUAACAGCAACAGCAACAGCAACAGCAACAGCAACAGCAACAACAACAACUAUAACAGCGCCGGGGGCAGUCACUAUCAGCAGCGCAGGAGCGAGUAUCAUCAGAACUCGGCGACGUCCAACGCCGCUUAUCACGAGGUCCACCCGAUGCGGCAGGCGCCCAGCGCUACCGCGAUCCAGCCGCAGACACGGGCUUAUCCGCUCGUCAACUGUAAGUACCACAACUGGCACGAGUACCAUCGACACCAACAGGUGCAGCAGCGCCAGCACAUCAUCCACCGGCAACAGCUACAGCUCCAGCGGCCGCGAGAACAGGUCUACUAUCCUCGCAGCAGAACGUCUUCGUUACCCUACGGUAGACAGACGCGACUCUUGCCAUCGAGACACAACUGCUGCCCGCACUAAUUCCGAUGCUGACCACAGAUGCAUCCCGAGACAUCGCUGCGAUAUCCGUUAUCGGUUUCUACUAGCUGUAUUGCGCUUUUGUUUGUUCUUUCGUUGAAAGAACCGCGCUUCGAAGUUUCCAUCGAAGAUUUUGCCUUUCUUAUACAUAAUAUACUCUAUAUUCGGAGAAGAGAAGUUUCAAACUGUUUUUAGGCUAAGCAUUUAGAUUUUAGUUCGAUCGAAUCGCAUGUACUUUUGCAAAGAGCUUGGAAACAAAUUACUUUACAAGAGAAGUUUGAAAAAACUUUAUUACUUGUAAAUGUCCUUAUUAUAGUCCUUUAUUAUUCAAUAUAUUUUUAUUGAUGAUAGUUCAUUAGUUUAUACUACGCCGUAUAAUUUUUGCACAUGCAUUUUCCAGUUGCCAUUAACAAAUAUACAUGCACAUAUAUAUAGUCUGAUUUAAAUAUAAUACAGUAUCAAAUGGUUUUACUUUUCAUUUAACAAACAUUUUGCUGACUCUUAUGAACAAAGAGUAUGAUCAAGAAUAUUUACUUAAGGAGGUUCGGCACCGAUAGUCCCUGCCAAAAGUUCGGCUCGCUGCUACAGGCGCGCCGCGUCGUAAGUGAGAGACUCACAUAAUAUCUCAGCUUCUGAACGUCAGAUCAAUCUGAAAUUUUCGGUGCAUAUGGACAGGACCAUUACGAAGCAGUGUGCAAAGUUUUGCUAAUUUCCUGUAACAAAAUUAUUGCAGUGGUGAACCUCCUUAAUUAAUGCAUCAUUAUUUUUCAUUCGAUGUUUUAUACUUGUUCACGACAUUUUAUAACCUUUUUAUAUUUAUUGAAUAUUUUUAGAAUAAGAAACGAGUUUUUAGAGAACGUCUUAUAAAAUAAUUGCUGAAGAGAUGAAAGAUAGCAUCGCAAAUUUGUUUUCAUUAGCCUUCUUUAGAACAUGAUCGUUAAAUGAUUUAAAUGUAAAUGAAAGCAUAGAUCAUAGAGGUUUGAUUAUAAAAUAACAAUGUUAAAAUCAGUAAGAUAGAAACUUUCACUUACGAUGCUAGAAAGAAGAAAAGUUUUCGAUAAAAAAAAUGAUGUAACAAACUAAGAAUCUAAAUAAUUAUCAUAGUAUAUAUUGUUUACGUUGCAUUUACAUUGGCUGUAUGCCGAAAUAAUAGUUGUAUGAUUUGUAUUCAUAUGUAAUUUUACAAGUGUCGAACUACGUACUUUUUUAAUAGGACUAACUAUUUUAUAAUAGAGAUAUUAUAUGUGCGUUGAAAAUAAUAAAAAGUAUGCUUGCAGGAUGGAAGAGGAUUAAAGAAGAAAAUGUUUUGCAUGUUUUGUAAUAUAUUUAAUAGGUGAAUUUUAUACAUUUAUAAUGCGUCACAUAUUAUUUAGUAGGUAGUAAUUGAACGUCAUUGUAACAUGAUAUGCGACUGGCGCGUAUGGGCAUACUGACAAUAAAUAACAUAUAUACGUUUA